AGCCACCACCGACGCCCCCACUUGAGAAAUCGGUAAGAGAACUUGAUGAUUUUUGUUCUUUUCUUGUUCAAGGACAAGAUUUAAGACUUAGGACACUCUCCCAAACCUAGAAUUUUCUAGAUCUGCACUGUUUCCUUUCCCCUUGUUGUCCGUCGGCUUCUGCUAUGUGUGAUUUCUGGGCUUUUUCGGCCCCGUGAGCUUCCCCUGCACUUCCCGCCGGUCUCCCCAAGCCACAGCUCCGGUUUUGCUGAAUUUCUGAAUUGCCGCCGGCUUCUUCCCCCCUGCCAGGUCCAGUUCUACAGCUGGAAAAAUUCUGGUAUGUUGACAGCUCCUCCAAGCCCGAAAUUUCAUCAAUUGGUUGCUGAAUUUUGUCCAUUUAUUUGCUGCCCUGUGUGUCCGAAUUAUCUGUUGGAAAAUGGGGAAAUUUCGGUAGCUUAAACUAUGUUUUUAAGCUUGGUUUAAGUGUAAAUUAGCUUGAUUUUGGCUGCUGUACUGUUCACGGGUACUUUUAAUGUUUACUGUUCACGCACUAAUGGCCAACAAUAGGAGGGUUUAAAUGUUUAGUUAUAAUGAGAAUAAAAUUGAGAUGUUUGG